AUGAUCGUGCCAACGGAUUUACCGGUUGGUAGUGACGGUUCCAAUAUGAAUACAACAGAAAGUAACGAAGAGGAAGAAGAAGAAGACGAAGAGGAAGAAGAGGAUGAUGACGAUGAUGAUGAUGACGACGACGAUGAUGAUGAUGAGGACGAUGAUGAGGAUGAGGAUGAUGACGACGACGAUGAUGAUGAUGAGGACGAUGAUGAAGAUGAGGAUGAUGACGACGACGAUGAUGAUGAUGAUGAGGACGAUGAUGAGGAUGAGGAGGAUGAGGAGGAUGAAGAUGAAGACGAGGAGGAAGAGGAGGAGGAUGAAGAUGAAGAUGAGGAGGAAGAGGAAGGUAAAGAAAAGGAUAAAGAUGGUGAUGGCGUUGGGUCAACUGACGUUAUUCCAAAAUAA